AUGUUCGUGGCUCACGUAGGAUCUGGAAUUCUGGAGGGAGCCCGCGCGGCGUCCUGUACCGGCGGAGACGACGCUUGCACUGCUCCAGUCGGCUCCCUCCCACCCUCCCUGCAAAAAUGGUAUUUUACUUCCGGCACUGUGGCGAUCGACACCUUCCGACUUGAGCGCGCGUUCAAGUUGGAGGGAACACGAUUUGACCACAGUUCGGUGUUCGGUGCUCGAGCGGCGUGGAAUGGGUACCAGCACAUAGGUUUGACAGGAAAUAAGAAGGUUGACAUGUAUGCAAAACAAGCUAUAGAAGAAGGAUUAGAUCGACUAUCUAGUGAUGGAAAAACUGACUACUUUGACAAACCAAACGAAUCUGGUAUGUACUCUUUGGAUUCGAAUAAACCUAGCGAAUUAUGUAUCUCAUGUUUUGCGGACCAUAACCUGGACGUCAAUACUGACUGCGGUAUUACGCAGGAUCAAAGCAAUUUGUGUACAAAAUUGCAGUUAAAAAAAAGUGAUGGCGGUAUAUUAAUGUUGAAUAUACAAAACUUGUCGGCAGACCUAAUGGAAUCGUUUUUAGAUUUUAAAAUGAAUUAUUAUGUGAAAGAAGAAAUUGGUCACAAAAUUGCAGGUAUUAGUGAAGAUCCAGAAGCUGUCAGGGAAUAUAGAGAAAUUAUAUCAGAUAUAUUAAGUCAUCCUUCUUACAUUACAAGAGUUUACAUGUCUGAUAAAGAAUAUCAUUCCCAUUCAAAAAUAGUCGCUGCCUCUAUGAUUAAACUAAUAAAAUCAAUCGAAGAUGUGGAUGAUAAUAUAAAGGCAGAGACAAAGGCAGUAAAAAGAUAUAUUGAUAUAUUAUCUAUAUAUAAUAAACUGUUUGGUAUUGAAGAUAUUAUGAAGAAGUACAAUAUAAAUCAUUAUUAUGAGGACUUGGGAAUGAUCGUCCAUCCUGAAUACAGGAAGCUUGGAAUUUGUUAUUUUGAAGCAGAAGCCAGACGAUUGAUGUGCAAGGAACAUAACAUACCCCUGACAGGGGCUUGGUGUACUUCAGGUUUCGCACAAAAGGUGUGUGAGAAAGGAAAUUGGGACACUGCCUUUGAGAUAUCAUAUAAUAAACUAGGAUCACUUCUAGGUGUCGAUAUUCAAGGUGUGCCUUCUACGUGUAAAUAUAUGGCAAUUAAAGUACAAUAA